AUGGCAACAAUAGAAGGGAAGAAACUCAGCUACAAUGAAGCUGUUUCUCAGUAUAAAGGGUAUAUUGAUACAUUUAAUUCAAUUUUCAAGCUUAAAACAACCAGUAAAGAUGAAAUUAAGCAAAUUUUUGAACAAAUCAAAACAAAUCUAAUUGAACCAAAAAUAUUUACUUCAAAAUUGCUUAUACUUUCCAUAACAAACUUGGUUCCUUAUAACAAUCGUUAUUUUAAAUCCUAUUGGGAACUUUUUAAACUAAUUUAUGAAAAAUAUCCUGUCAAAAAACAUUAUUCAGAGAUUCCAGAGUUCUUUGAUUACUUCAUUUAUAAACAAUACGGAUCUGUUUUAGAUCAGAAUCAUGAAGGAUUAUUCGACAAAUGCGAGCCAAACAAAUAUUUAUUCGAAAUACACGAAAAGAACACAAUUUAUCGAGCAAUCAUGGAUGAUGAUAUUGAAUUAUUUAUUACAUUUAUCGAGAGGGAAGAUUUCGAUAAACAAAAACUGCUUACCAGCGAAUUCUAUCCUCCAUCAAACAAAGGAUAUUCAUAUCUCGAAUUAUGCUGUUAUCAUGGCGCUGUUGGUUGUUUUAAACUUUUAAGAACAAAGUUUAAUUCUGAAAUCACUGAAGAUUGUUUAAACUUAUCAUUUUUGGGUGCAAAUCAAGAGAUAAUGAAUGAAUGUUUGAAAUUCCAAAAACCAACAGAAGAAUCAAUGGGUAUGGCAAUAAUGUCGCAUAACAUUGACUUUGUUUUCUAUUUACUGAAUGAGCAUGGAAUCAAAAUUGAUUUAUCACAAUGCAGCAGAGCAUAUAAUGUUGAAGUUUUCUUAGCUCAUUUAGAUUCUACAAAUGAUAUCAAUGGAUGCUUCAAUGCUUCACCAAUAUUUAAUUUGUUGCCAUUAACUGAAUAUUUAUUUUCACUUGGCGCAGAUAUAGAUACAAAGGGUGAAUAUGAUGAUACUGCUCUUCAUCUUUCAGCACAAUAUAAUUGUGCUGAAAUUGCAGAAUUUCUUAUUUCACAAGGAGCUGAUUUAAAUGCAAACAAUAGAUUCAAUCAAAGUCCAAUUUUUGAAUGUUGUUUUUUAGAUAGCGCUGAAACUGCACAAGUUCUUAUAUCCCAUGGAGCUAAAUUAAAUCUAACAGACAACAUAUAUGGAGAAACUUCGCUCCACAAAGCAGCUGGAUCUAACUGUGUUAAAGUUGCAAAAAUUUUGCUUGAAAAUGGUGAAAAUGCCAAUGCUAAAGAGAAGCAUGGCAAAACUCCUCUUCAUGUUGCUGCCGAACAUAACUAUACAGAAAUUGCAGAGCUUCUUCUUUCUCAUGGUGCAGAUAUCAACGCAAAAGAUAAUGAAGGAAAAACACCACUUAAAUAUGCCGACGAGAAUAAUAACGAAACUUUUGCGGAUUUUCUUAUUUCACAUGGAGCAGAACUUGAAGAAGGAGAUGUGAGAAAAAGAAGAAAACGCUCUUCAAAAUCUAAAAAAUGUAUAAUUUAA